AUGAGUGAUGAUGAUUUUUUUUAUGAUAAAGAUAAAUGUUCCUUACAUUACAUUAAAAGCAAAACAAGUACAAAAAUAGAUGAUAUAUUAAAAAGAAGAAGAGCUAAGCAAAUUAAAGAGGCUAAUGAUUUAAAAAGUGAUACUUUUUUAAGUUUUGAUGAUAGUUUGGGAAAAAUUGAAAAUGAAGAAAAAAAAGAAAAUAAUAAUGAUAUAUUCAUAGAUAAUAAAAGUGGUAUUAGUUCAAAUAAUUAUAACAUUUAUAAAGAUAAAGACAAAAUAAAUAAUGAUUUAAACGAAUAUGAAAGAAAUAGUUACCUGAUUAAAGAUAAUUUUGCAGAUAGUUGUUAUUACACUAACAACAAUAUUAGUGAAAAUAAUAACUUAAAUAAUUUUUCAAAAAAUAAUUGCUCUAAUCAUAAUGAUAAAAAAAAUAUAUAUGAAGAUCAUUCACCUAAUAAAUAUAAUACUAUAGAAAAUAUAAGCGAAAAUGCUGUAGAUAAUUUAUCAUAUAAUAGAUUAAAAAGAGAAUUAACAAGUUACAACAAUAUGGAAGAAUUCCAAAAUAAAAAUAAAGCGUUGUUAUAUAAAAAAUCAUUAGAAAACAUACAGGAAUAUAGCAAUAAUAUAGUAAAUGAUCAUAAUGAAAAUGAAAUUAAGGAAAAAAAAGAAAAGCAAAAUAUUUAUUUUGAUGAGUUAAAAAUCUUAAAAACACCUAGUACGGAAUUAAUAUUAAAUAAAAUAAAAAGUAAUGAUGAUAGUAAAGAUGAAAUGUUUACUAAUUUAAACAAAAUAUAUGUAAAUGAAAUUGAUAUGAAUAAGACACCUUCUAAAAGUUUCUCAAAAAGUUAUUUUGAAUAUUUAAAAUUUGAAACAGCAGGGAAGAUGAAUAUGAGUGAAUUGGAAACACCUUUAAAUUUAAAAGAAGAAGAUACUACAAAUACCCCAUUUAUAACUUACUAUUUAGCUGGUAAAAUUAAAAAUAAAAAUAUAAAUGGCAUUGAGAAUUUAGAAAAUAAUUUAAAAGAUAAUCUUAAUGAAAAAGAAGAAAUUAAUAGUAAUAAGGAAGAUGAAAAUGAUUAUGUUAACUAUUAUUUAAAGGACUCAAAUAUAUAUGGUAAUGAAAUUUCAAAAAAAAAAGAAUUAAAAAAAAAGGAUGAUACUGAAAUAGAGGAAUCUUUUAAAGAUAAUGAAAAAAGUACUAAUGAUAAUGAUAUUGCAUCUAUUACUAGUAAUAAUAAAUAUAGUGAAAAUCAUAUUUAUAAUAAAAUUAUUAAUUCAAAAAAAUACAAUUUUAUAAAAACAGAAGAACACUAUAAAAAUAUGCUAAAAGAAAAAAGUAGCAAAAAUGAUAAUAUGAUGCAUAGUAACAAUAAUAAAAGAUUCUUUAAUAAUGAUAUCAGUUUUACUGAUAAAAAUUUAAGUAAUGCUCAAUUUAAUAUAAUGAAUACAAAAACAUUUAAAAUGAAUUUUUUUAAUGAGUUAAAAUCUAAAAACCAUGAAGAUAAUGCAUAUUUACCAAAUUUUAAAAACGAAAUCAAAUCAUUUUCAUUUGAGAAUCCAUUUAAUAUUGAAGACAAACAAUAUAGGGAAAUUUCAAAUUCAAAAAAGGUAGCAUAUGGUAAUUCUAAUGAAGAACAAUAUGAUAAAAUGAUUGAAAAUUAUAACGGUAAAUUAUAUUCUACUAAGAAUUUUGAACAAAAUAAUCAUAGCAUCAAAAAUACAAUUUUAAUUAGUUCAAACAUUGAAAAGGAAGUAAAAGAAAAUAAUAAUAAUAAUAAUGAUGAAUCUCAUAUUACAUUAUACAAAAAUUUAGAUAAAGAAUUAAGUGCAAAAAAUAGAAUAAUACCUAAUAAUUUGGAAAAAUAUAAAAUGAGUAUGGGAAAUGGUUUCGUGAAUAAAUGUAAUGAAGAAAAUUAUGUUAGCAUUGAUAUUCAAAAAAACAUCAAUAAUAAAGAUAAUAUAAAUAAUAACCAAAAUUAUGUUUAUAAUAGUUAUAAAACAGAAAAUGAUAUUAAUAACAAGAAAUAUGUAGAUAAUGAAAAUAUAUUAGUAGCAACCGAUGAGAAUUAUAUAAACAAGCAUAAUAUAUAUUAUCAUGAAGAUAAUAAUAAUAGAAAUAGUAAUAACAUUAAUUAUAAUACAUACAACAAUUCAAAAAAUUAUGCGGAAAAUAAAUAUUAUAAUAUAUAUAAAAAUGAUGAAUACAAUUUGAACAAAAAUGAGCAUAAUGAUUUAAGCAAAAUAGAAAUACAUAGUAAUAUAAAAAUGGAGACAAGCAAAAUGAAUGAAAAUAUUCAUCAUAGUAACUAUGAAAAGGGAAAUAUUUUAAAUACAAAUGGGAAAGAUUCCUUUAAAAUGAAAUUAAAUAUGGCUGUUGAUAAAAAUAGUACAAACGAAAUAAAUAGUAUGUAUAAAAAAUUUUCUAAUGAAAAUGUAGAAGACGAGUGUGUAAGGAAUAAUAAUACAAUUAAAAACUCCAAUGUUGAUUUAUCUAACGAUUUAAAUUUAAAAAAUAAAGAUUCAUAUGCAUACAAAGAAAAUAGUGAGAAUAAUAACAGUAUAAUUCCAAAUGAUAAUAUGGACAUAGAUAAAAUUAACCAUAAUAAUAAAAGUGUAUAUAAUGAAGGUAAUUCAAUCUAUUAUACUACUUCAUUGAAUAACAAAAAUGCUCAUAAUGUAGGAAAUAUGAGCAAAAAUAUAUAUGAAACAAAAGCUAAUGAUUUGAAUAAUGUUUCUAUAUAUGAAAAAAGAAUAUUUUCUACAUCAAAUAAAAAUAUAACGAAUAAAUUAGGUGAAACAGCCGAUUUUGGAUAUAAGGAAGUUAAUAAUAUAUAUGAUUCAAAAGAUGCUGAUAUUCUCAGAAUGGAUAAUAAUAAUUAUAAUUCAGAUAUAGAUAAGAUUAACAAUGUAUCCGAUAUAAAGAAAAGUUGUUUUGAUUAUGUAAAAAAUAAUUUUAAUAAUGUGAAUAUGAAUGAUGUUAAAAGUAUGAUUUUUAACUCUGAAUAUCCAAAUAAAGAAAAUACUAGAAUAACAUUUGAUACUAUUUCUAAAGAAAUUAACAGUGAAUAUUUCAAUGAGUUUAUUCGAGAUAAGAUAAAAAGUAGUAUAAAUUGUAUUGUAGAACAAAUAUUAAAUGAUAAUCAAAAUAAUAUUUUGAAAAAAUUAAAUACAAGUAUACCAAACAACGAAAUAAAUAUAAAUGAUAAAUAUGAAAUGGAGUGUAAUCAAAAUCAUCAUAAAAAUAAUAAUAUAAAUGGCACUGAAAUAAAAAAGUGUGGCAAUUAUAAUUAUAAGAAUGAGGAGAAAAGUAUUAACGAAAAUAAAAUAAAUUUAGAGGUAGAAACAAAAUCAGAAGAAAAUUUUUCUAAGAAAUAUAUGAAUUAUGAAUAUGAAUAUUGGCAAAAAAAUGAUUUUAAUAAUAUUAAUGAAGAAAAUAUGCUUAAAAAUAUGAAUAAUGCGGAAAACUUUGAUAAUAUAAAUUUAUCUAAAAACUUAAAUAAAAAAAAAAAAAAAACAUCUAUAUUAAAAGUGAAAGAUAAUGUAGAUGAAUUUAAUGAAGAAGAUUUUCAUGAAAUAGACAAACUAAAUGACAAUUUAAAAAUGAGCAGAGUAAACAGAAUUAUUGAAAUCAGUAAAAGCGAUUUAGAAAAAAAAAAAAUAAAAUGCAAAGAUAUAUUAUAUAGCUGUAUAGAUGUAAUUUAUUAUUUAUUAAAUGAAAAUAAUAAAAAAAAUAAUAAAAUGAAUAAUCUAUUAAGUGAAAUUAAUAAUAUUAACGAAUAUGAAAAAAAAAUAGAAAAUUUAGCUAAAGAAAAUGAAAAGUUAAAAAUAGUAAUAGAGCAAAGAAGUGAAAGUUUAAAAAAAAAAGAAAUUAAAGAAAGAGCAAAUUUAAAUAAAAAAAUAACAGAACAAACAAAAAAAAUUACAGGUUAUGAAAGAGACAUAAAUAUAUAUAAAAAUAAAAUAAAUAAUUUAAGUAGCAAAAUAAUGAAUAAAGAAAACGAAAUUGAGAAAUUAAAAAAGCAAUAUCAAGUUAUUUUAGAAGAAAUAGAAAGCUGCAAAAAUGAUGCAAAUAAAGUCAUUAAAAAAGUUUUAAAUAAAAAAUAUAUGAAUUUAAUAGAUAAGCAAUGCUUUGACAUUUCCAAAUAUUAUGAAAUACAAAUAAAUUCAUUAAACAAAGAAAUCAAAAAUUUAAAAGAUAUAAUAAAAAGUGAAGCAAAAGAAAAGAUUUUAUUAAAUAGAAAAUUAAAUGAAUUAGAGCAAAUAAAUAAGGAUGUAAAGGUAAUUAAAAAUAUAAUCCCAUUAAAUAGUACAAAUGAUGUAGAAAUAGAAAUUGAAAAAAAGAAAAAAAAGAAAGAAAUUACUGAAGAUGAUAAAUUAGUAAAUGAAGAAAAAAAAUUAAAAAAAAAUAAGAUUGAAAAGGACAUAAAUAACAGCUUUAUAGAAAGAAAUAAAGAAUUUAAAGAGAAUGAAAUUUUAAAUGAAUCGAAAUAUAAAAUGAAGUAUCAAAAUUUAGUUAAAGAAAUGAAUGAAAUUAAAAAAGAUUUUGAAGAACAAAAAAAAUUAUAUAGUAAGAAAAUUGAACAGCUGGAACAAAAUCAAGAAAUUCAGAAUAUGAAAAAUCAAUUAGAUACAUCAGAAAAAAUUGUUCAAGUUUAUCAAAAUAUAUUUAGAGAAAAAGUGAAUAAUAUAAAAAGUGAUCAUUCUUAUAACCAAUACUGUGAUAAAAAUAAGGAUGAUGCAGAAAAUAACUAUUCGUGCUUAAGUUACAAUGAAAACAAAAAUUAUUUAAAAAAUUCUAAUAAUGUCAACAUGAACAAUAAUUUAAAUAAAAGUAAUAUUGAUGAUGUUAAUAAAUUCAAUAGUCUAUUUUUCCAAAAAGAAAUGAACAAAAUAAAUAACAUUUCAUCAAACCUUAAUUUAACAACAAUAAAUAGAGAUGUAAUAAAGAAUAAAAAUUAUUUGGUAAAUGAUAAUAAUUUAUUCAACAUUUCUCAUAACGAAAAUAAUAAUAUUAGUGAUACUGAUGCAUUAACCCAGAAUCGUUAUCUAAAUGAUUUCGUAAAAUUGUAUAUAGAUAAUUUUCAUAUGAAUGAUACAAAUAAAAAUUAUAAAAAUGAUUUUGGCAUUUUUCAAAAGAAAUCAGAGCAACUUCUCAAUAAUUCUAAGAACAAUUUUAUAAAUAAGGGUGAUAAUGAUUUUUUAUAUAAAAAUUUAAUGAACUAUGAAAAAGUAGAAUUGAUUAAAAUAUUUGUAAGUAUAUGUAACGAUUUAAAAACUGAUAAUAUAUUUGUUAUAAUCCAAUUUGUAAAAUUUCUAUCUUUUAUUGUAUACGAACAAUUUCCUUUAUUUACUUCUUUUUAUUAUAAUGUUGCUUCGUUAGUAUCUUUAAAAUCAGUAAAAUUUAAUGAAUGCAUAGAUGUAAUAAAAAAAUGGAAAGCAUAUUAUAUAAAUGGGAAAAAAUAUUAUAUUUUUAGAAGAAAUGUUUUAUUAAUUUUUCAAUCUGAUUUAAAAGAUGUUAAAAAAAAUCUACUAGAUCAGAAAUGUUUACAUAUUAUGAAAAAUCUUUAUGAAAAAAAUUCUGAAAUAUCCAAAUAUUCCAAUGAUUCUUAUGAAAAAGCUGAAUACAUUAUUAAUAAACAUUCAAAAGAAAUUAUAAGUAAAAUUAUUAAAACAUAUAUGAACAUUUAUAAUAUAGAUAAAAUAAGCAAUAUUAUAUCACAUAUGAAUUCUAUGAAUUCUAAGCUUAAAACUCAAUCUUAUUUUAUUAGAUCUAUAUCAACUUGUUUAAAUUUAAGUAAAACAGAUAAUUUUCAAGAGAUUGAAAAUAAAGUAAAAGAAUUAGUAUCAACAAAAGGAAUAAAUGAAAAAAUAAAGAACAAGUUAAAUAUAGAAGAAAUAGAUGAAUAUUUAGCUGCUUAUACGAUUAUAUGUACAUUAAAAAAAUAUUUAAAUAUUUCUCAUACUAAAGAUCUUUUACCUUCAAUAUCAAAAAUUAUUCAAAAAAAUAGAUCUUUAUAA